CUAAUAGGAAAAGGCUUAGUUUGUUUUCUUCAGUUGGAGUGUGUUGGGGAACUGAAUUUGAAGAAGAUGGAACGCAGGCAGAAUCAAACUCCGCAAGGCCAAAUAGCUAGGGUUUUGGUUGAAUUUUUGGAGGUGGCUAUUACCGCUGUUGUUUUUCUCAAUGGGGUUUAUCCUUCUGUUUUCAUUAUUUGAGUUUGUAUGUGCAAAAGGUGCCUUCGAACGGAGAAGGUAUAGGAAUGUGGUGAUUCAAAGGGCACGCCAUCCUCAACUUAGAUAUUACAUACAUGCUACUGUUACUGGGCUUCUACCAUUUGUACAAAAGGGAAUGGUGGAGAGAGUAGCUGUUGUUUUCUUCAAUGCUGACAAUGUUCCAUUGGAGAAAUUUGUAUUCAAGCUUGCAGUGAACCAAGCUUAUGGUUCAGAGGUGGAAGAGGUUGAUCUUGAGAUCUCUCUCAGAUCAUUUCUGAUAAAACUGUCAAACUCAGAAUCUCUUUCUAAAGGGCUGCCUCCUGAUUGCAGGUGGGAGAUUACUGCUUAUUUUCGAUCCCUACCCGAGACCGGUACAAGCAAAGAAGCAGAGUUGUGGAUCCCAACUGACACAAAACAGUGGCAGCAGCCUCCACUUAUAACCCCUAUCAAAUCAAUGAGUAGUGAACCUCUGUGUUUGCAAUUGUACUUGGAGCAUCCAAGUUUAUCAGAAUCAUUGCUUUGAGAAUAUAUAAACAUUUGUGGUAAGAAAGUAGGACCAAAUUUCAAAAGAUUCAAAACGUAUUUAAACCUAUAAGCCUUCAUUGUUAGAACAUUUUGUUGGAAAAAACUCGAUGCAAUGAGUCAUUAUCGA